GCCUUUUUUGUAGUCCUCUUUGGAGCGGCUGGAGGUAGCAAAUGGAGUGUCCCGGAGAAGGGCGUGCUUGAGGGUUUCUUAACCUCCCCAGAGGAGAGGCGGGGAGCUCUCAAAGUGACAACCUGAGUUGUGGGGAGUCCCCUAAAAGGGACAGCCGCUAGUGGAUUGCAGUGCUCCGAGAUGGGGACUGACUGCUGACUCGGAUCUCCACGCUCCCUCGGAAUCCUAACGCUCGCCUACCUUGGAGUUUAAAGCAGGUGUUAAGGGAACGGGUCCAGGCUCUGGAAAGACCUACCCCAGCCGCUGAGCAGGCGUCCCCGUUCAGGGGAUACAUAGAAGCCAUGAACCUACAGCACAGGGACCCCCGAGGAGGCUUCUUAGGGUCUUAGGCUUUGGAAUUGGAAGGAACUCGUGCUUUUGGGAAAAUCGAGGCCCAGAGAGGAGGAAAAUGGCAGACAUCUUACCCCAAAUGGAGCUGUGUCCCUACUGUAAGAAACAAUUUAAACGGUUAAAGUCUCAUUUACCUUACUGUAAGAAGGUAAGAGCCAUUCUUCCAUUUAAUUCAGACAUUACUCAUUCCAACGCAGUUUUGUUCCAAGCCCCAAAGUCAAAGGAGCUGCAGAAAGAACCAAAAAAAGCUGAUGAUGAAGAGACACGUAAGAAAAGUCAAAGUAAAAGAAGAAACACUAACCUUAUAAAGCCUAGAAUACAUAGUGCUGAUUUAGAAAUGAGAAACAAUGAGCAGACAAGUGAAGAUAUGAAGAAGAAAAUUAAAAUUACCCCCCAAACAACACAGAAUCCUACUAGACCAAAAAGGGUUGUGUUUAUGGCUGAGAAUUGGCAUGUGCUUUCUGCAGAAAAAAAAUAUUCCAAAGCAAAAUUUACAAAAUAUUUACCUAUAUCAGGGGAAGAAGACAAGAGCAAAAAUCCUUCAGAAAUUUGUUGGGGAAGCUCUUCCAAACAGUCUUCUACCAAUGAAGAUAAAAAACAUUUUUCAAGCUUGCUAAAUGGUUUCAGAAUUGAGCACCCAGGACAGAAACUGCUGACAAAAACAUUAAACUUGCCUUUCCGUGUUUGUGAGAGUUUUCCGAGUCUUGACAGGAGUCAGAAUCCUUAUGCAACUUUACAGAGCAAUGAGAGAGGCCCCAAAGCUAGGGACCCCAUUUCAGAAGCCUUACACACUGUCAAUAACUCUGACACCCAGAGAAGAAACACAGGAUCAUUCUUCUCAGCCAAUUGUGUAAACUCCUCAUUGUACAAGACCCUCCAGACCAGAGGAGUGGAGAGCCAUCAUAUGAAACAUAGAGCAAAGGAAAAAGAGUUUCACUUUGGGUUAGAGGCAGCUGGAAAAGGUAGUUGGAAUAAAGGAUUUGAAGGCAAUAAAUCACCUGAGGUAGAAAUAUCAAAAUCAGAUUACAUGAGGGAUGGUCUUAGGAAACAAGUUAAUACCAGUGAUUUAGCCACCGAGAAGACACCUCACCAUGAUAAUCCUGAUUCACCCUUGUUACCUUCAGGGAAGCUAGCUUAUGAAGAGACCCUUUCUUUGGCAGAUUUAGGUAACCAAAGCUUCUCUACUUUGGUUUUACAAUAUCUGCAAGAAGAGGAAGAUGGAUACAAGGCUCUGGUCACUUCAGCUAAUCCAGUGGAGAAUAAGAAACUAAUAUCUUCAGAGCCUGACUCUGAUCCCAAGACUUGGGCAACACACACUGAGUAUCAUCAGCAGCUUUUAAACGCAGUCUGGCAUUGUGCUCCUAAAAACUUGACCAGUGGUCACAUUCAAGCUACUGGCAGCAAAAGCCUACCUAUGUCUUUGGGGCUAGAGUGGUUUCCAGAACUCUAUCCUGGGUAUCUACAUCUAGGAGUGUUACCAGGGAGACCUCAGAAGGGGAAUAUUGAGAUCCAGAAACCUCACCACAACUUCCCAGAAGAAGAAGGAUCCUUACGAGUUCUGGAAAGAAGUCUGAUGGAUAUAAAGAUUGGAAAGUUUCCAUCUUGGCUUACAAUCUCCAACUUCUCUUUAAUGGGACUGCUGGGAAAAGUACAAAAAGCCUGGAUUAAAUACCCAAAAUAUGUCAGCUUGAAGAAGGGUGGCAUCGGUGGCAUCACCAUGCUGUUUGCUGGAUACUGGGUCCUUUGCUACAGCUGGAGUUUCAGCACCUGAAGCUGCAGCGUUGGCGCAAGCACCACUAAUCUGGAUACUGUGCAUCGUGCCAAGAAUUCUUCUGAUAGACUAGGAGAGGCACAGUA